AUGACUCCAAUCAAGAGGUUGGUCGUAUUCAAUGAGACGUUUGCGUCACUUCAUAAGGACGGAAAUAUUUGCGUGAUGUGGCAUGAGGCUAUAAGAGGCAGGUCCGCGACGGAUGUUGCAUCGGCAUACUACAACGUAACUGAUAUUCGGGGCCUAAAAUAUACAGCAGCAGGGGACAUCUAUUAUAAACUUCGGUUGUCUGAUGACUGGGAAUUACUUUCGCAAAGCAAAUCUAAAGUUGACAUUAUUACCUGGACGGUGUUGGACCAUCUCUAUAAAGAUAAAAUCCCAAUAUCUGCGCGAAAAUAUUCCGACCUUCAAGAAAUUAACUGUACUAUUCCCGCGGACUAUCACCAUUUUUAUAAUAAUUUGUAACACCUGUGAAUUUUUAGAUGUUUUAGUUUAGAUGCUUUGAUCAUUUUGAAUACACUACAAUAAGUAUUGUACUGAAAAUAAAAGUUGCUAACUCCAAAAUUCCUUCUUUUCUAUUCAAAUGAAC